UGGCUAGUGUAUACAGUGUGGGUCUAACCUGUUUGUGUGCCGGGCAGGGCGUGCAUGUCUUUGUGUGUGGGUAUGUGAGAGUCGGGUAGGGGCGUUGUCUACUGUGAGGGAGGAAGUGGAGUUGGAGGGGAUUAGUCAUUCUGCAGGAUUUUUGCCUAGCACAGGCAGAUGGCUGCUCCUGGCAGUUUGUGUGUGUGUGUGUGUUAUGUGGAGGGGCAUUCACUUAAUCUUGCCCUUUCCUGAGGUAGAUGGCUCAGAGAGAGUUGUAUGGGUUAGGACAAGGGAGAGGCUGGGUUGUUGUGCAAGAGUUGAAGCAAAUGGGUUUGAAGGGGAUGUGUGCAUGCCCUCCUACUCACAAAUGGCUGCCAUUGCUCUGUGUGAGAUCUGGUACUGAUCAGCCCUCAGGUGGCUAAUGAUCCUGGUCUCCUCCAAUCAGGGGCUUGAGUGUGGGAUGGCUUUUGUCCACUUUCCAAACAGCCUUGGAAGUGUUUAUCUAGGCUUUAGAGCAGCUGGGACCUGAAGCUGAAAUGGGCUAGGGUGUGUUAUCCAUGUUCUACGCUCCUACAACAGGAGCUCAAGAUAGCUGCCCCGGAUUAGUUGCUGCUCUUGAAACAACCACACACGUGUAAAUCCUCACCAUAAGAUGGGGGACUUGCCCUUAGAUAUCAACAUCCAGGAACCUCGAUGGGAUCAAAGCACGUUCCUAGGCAGAGCCCGGCACUUCUUCACGGUUACUGACCCUCGAAAUCUGCUGUUGUCCGGGGACCAGCUGGAAGCUUCCCGCAACAUCGUGCAGAAUUACAGGGCUGGUGUGGCAACCCCAGGGCUCACUGAGGACCAGCUGUGGAGAGCCAAGUAUGUGUACGACUCUGCCUUCCAUCCAGACACAGGGGAGAAGGUGGUCUUGAUUGGCCGCAUGUCAGCCCAGGUGCCCAUGAACAUGACCAUUACUGGCUGCAUGCUCACCUUCUACAGGAAGACUCCGACUGUGGUGUUUUGGCAGUGGGUGAACCAGUCCUUCAACGCUAUUGUGAAUUACUCCAAUCGCAGUGGGGAUGCUCCCAUCACUGUACGGCAGCUGGGGACAGCCUACGUGAGUGCCACCACUGGGGCUGUGGCCACUGCUCUGGGACUCAAAUCUCUCACCAAGCACCUGCCCCCACUAGUCGGCCGAUUCGUCCCCUUCGCAGCUGUGGCCGCUGCCAACUGCAUCAACAUCCCCCUGAUGAGGCAGAGGGAGCUGCAGGUGGGCAUCCCAGUGACGGAUGAGGCAGGUCAGAGGCUUGGCCACUCAGUGACUGCUGCCAAGCAGGGAAUCUUCCAGGUGGUGAUAUCGAGAAUCGGCAUGGCGAUUCCUGCCAUGGCCAUUCCCCCAGUGAUCAUGAACACUCUAGAGAAGAAAGACUUCCUGAAGCGCCGCCCCUGGUUGGGGGCUCCCCUGCAGGUGGGACUGGUAGGCUUCUGCCUGGUAUUUGCCACACCCCUGUGCUGUGCCCUGUUCCCCCAGAGAAGCUCCAUACACGUGACCAGGCUGGAGCCGGAGCUGAGAGCUGAGAUCCAAGCGCAAAACCCCAGCAUCGAUGUGGUUUACUACAACAAGGGACUUUGAGGGGAGCCAGCCUCUGCCUCUUUCCUUACCUCCUUAGGCUGCUUCUUGGGUGCCACCUUACAAUGUUACCACUUGUUUAUCUUCCGGGUCACGGGACUUGAGGUAGGGAGCAGCCACUGAGACCA